AUGGAGAAGGAGGCUGACAGAGCCAAGUUGGAUGUGAGUGAUCUAGGGGUCUUGCUUGAAAAAGAAGAAGCGAUUAGAACUCAUUUACGCGACUCUGAAAACGUUCUCUUUGCUGGAGAAACCAAGGAAAGUGUCAAGGUUGCUUGCACUGCACAUAUCAAUGUGCUGCUACGUGUUGUUCUCACCAAAGUGGUGGAGACGGAGGGAAUGCCCCAACCCCCUAUCCACCCCCUUCGGGAUCAGUUAGAGCUCCUGUACCACAAAUGCGGCCGCGUCAGUGUUGAUACUGACCAAAUCAUUCGCGACUCCUGGUACGUCAGAAAGUUCGUUGGAUUGGUCAAAAUGAAGACACGGAAAGAGAAAGUCAGCGAAGAGAAAGACUUUCAGAAAUUGUGUCUGAUCCUCAACCCAGAACUGAAGGACCGGGGGUCUGUAUCCAGGUUUGAUUUGAGGAUCAGGGCUCCGUUGUUAACCAAUCAAUAUCGACAAUUUACAUACGACCUCAUGAUCAUACAAUGGGUCUUCGGAAGGAUUGAUGUUGUUCAUCUUGAUAUGGUCUUUGAUCAGGAUCUAUGUGAUGAGAUCAACAGGAACGUUGAGUUGAGACUUCAACGCAAGAAGGAACGUCAGGCGCACAAGUGA